GUGUAGGAGGAAAAUAUUAAAAUGAGUCACCAUCCUCCAGUUUCCUGUAUUCCAAACACUACCAAGAUGUCGAAAGCCAAGAAAGUUAUAGAAGAAGCUCGGGAAAUAAACAAUCCCGAGAUAGAUUUAGUGGAUAAGGGGAUCUCGAACUUGGAGGAGAUACCUGGGUUGUUCACACUCGCCAACAUCACCCGUUUAUCCCUGAGCCACAACAAGAUCUCCACCGUCCCAGCGGCCCUUGCCAACUUAAUGAACUUGGAGAUCCUGAAUCUUGCCAACAACUACAUCGAAGAACUACCUGUCAGUCUAUCCUCACUACCGAAGCUCCGGAUCCUCAAUGUAUCCCUCAACAGGCUGUAUACAUUGCCGAGAGGCUUCGGAGCAUUUCCAGUGUUGGAGAUAUUGGAUCUUACGUACAAUAACCUAAAUGAGAAGACAUUACCAGGGAAUUUCUUCAUGAUGGAGAGCCUUAGGGCUCUUUAUUUGGGCGAUAAUGACUUUGAGCUGCUGCCAGCUGAAAUUGGGAACCUGAAAAAUCUGCAGAUUCUAUCAAUGCGUGAAAACGAUCUGAUUGAGGUGCCUCGUGAGUUGGGACAGUUAUCGCGGCUUCGCGAGCUACAUCUGCAGGGCAACCGUUUAGUCGUACUGCCACCAGAAAUAGGAAGCAUGGACCUAGCCAGCAACAAGUCGGUGCUCCGUCUAGAAGGCAACUUCUGGGUGCCGCCCAUCGAAGACCAGCUGAAGUUAGGGCCGAGCCACGUGCUGGACUACUUGAAGUCGGAGACGUACCGCGUGCUGUACUCGCGCCACGUGUCCGCGCGCCCGCCGCCGCCGCCGCAGACUCUCGACAAGAGCAAGAAGGCUAGUCGGGCCAGGUCUUAAAUGUCUACAGUUGGCUCCAAAAUUAGGCGAACUAUAAGACGGUAAACCACAUCUUGGCACUAAAACAUACAUACAAUCACGCCUGUAUCCCAUAAAGGGGUAGGCAGAGCACACGAAACUACCAAAGCUUCACACUCCUGGCAAACAAGGGGUUGAAAGAAAACAAAACUGUGACAUUGCAGUGAGUGGCACUAAUAAUGGUGCGAAAUUCAAUUUUUUAUGGAAAUUUAUUUUUUUCAGUCAAUUUGAAAUGUUAUGGCUCGUCAAUAAUUCCGCUGCCGUCAAGGUUUAGGAAGGCACGAUUUUUAUGAAUGAAUAUUGUUGACCGGUGAACCCUACAAUUAUUAAAUUUUCCGCCUUUGUUUAGUGCCAA